AAGAAUCAUGUAUCUAUUCUUUUUGCAUUGGGAGCUAUUGUUGGUAGUGCUUUAUCAUCAAGUUUAUCGAAAACAAUACCAUUAGGUUCAGAAAAUGGAACAAAUAUACUUAGUAGUAUUCUUGGAGGAUUUAUAUUACUGUUAGGUGCUCGAUGUGCUGGAGGAUGUACUAGUGGUCAAGGAAUCUCAGGUACGACACAUCUUCUAGUUGGUUCAUUCAUUACUACAGCGAGUAUAUUUGGUGGUGGUAUUAUUUUUGGUUUUAGUACAUUAUUGAGUAAUAAUGAAUGGUUAUUUCAAAAUCUUUGA